GAUUUAAAUAAAAUUUGCAUAAUAUUAAUUUAUCUAUAUCGUCCCUAUGAACUACCGUUAUAACCAACUAUGAAAUUACUAAUUUAUUGUUUAUGGAUAUUUUCUUUUGUACUCUAAAAUAUAAAAACCUCAAUUUCACUAGGCCAGUGUAUUGUGCAGAGUGAAAUUCUUAAUAGGACGAAUAUUAGUAUACAACCCAUCCAUUCUGCUUGUUUUAAGAAUUACUUCGACCCCUGUUAAUUUACAACAUUUGAUAUAGUCUGUACAUUGCAGUAAGUAGGUACGUAUCUAACUAUAAUUAUUAUUAUGCAUUAGAUCAAUAAUAACAAGAUGGAUUGGGAGUGUCAUUCGAAAAAAUCUUGCAAACUCUGUGAACAUAUGAAUAGCUCCAAAAUAAACGAGCGUAGAAAGGAAUCCAGCGAUCAAAAACAUAUAAAGGAGUCUUUGAAUUUGAAAGAUAAAUCUUUGGAUAAUGAUGAGUAUAAAAAAACGGAAAUUACAUCAAAUACAUUUGGAAAAAACAUAAAAGCUACAUUCGACUAUAAGUGCUGUAAAUCAAAGUUAAAUAACAGCAGCAGUACAAAUGAAUCAAUAAAAACAAGUGAUGAAGAUUCUAUAAUUAAUGAAAAAAAAAACACCAAAAUUCCUGUAAUACUUGAAGAUUCAGGUGAAGAACCAAAGAAAAUAAAUCCGAAGAUUAAAGCUCGUUUACAUUUGGAUGUGUAUCAUUGUAAAUGUGGUAUGCCUGACUGUAUGUUAAGCCCAAGCUGGAGGAAUAUAUGCAACGAAGUGAACAGGAGAGACACCGUAGGAGAUGCAAUUAAAUAUCAAAUAUCUUUGAGAAAUUACUAUAAGAGGCUAUACAAUGGGACCACAUAUCAACUUGGUAGAAAUCUACAACUACUCUGAUUCUAUUAUUUAUCUUAGUUCUUAUCUUAAGCAAAAAUAUAUGAUGAGUAGUACAAUAUGUAUGAAUUGUACAAUUUGUUACAAAUUGUAUAAAAGUUAUGAAAGCAAUUAGAUAUAUUUAAAAAAAAAUUACUUUUAUACUAUUAAUGUUCUUUAAAUCAAAAAUGUCAUCUUGUAUGGGUGUAUGGCACACAUAUUGCCAAGCAUUGUGUAUAU